AUGGACAACAGGGGCGAUUCAAGGGCGGACCCCCCGCCUCCCAGGCGCCCCGUGGUGGCCAAGAUGGCCAUCCCGCCGCGAGUUCUAUCCCCUUCAGCGGAGGGUCUGCCGGAAGUAGGGCGCGAUGGGACGCACGCUGGUGCUCUGAGCGCACGCCGGCCGCAGCCCGCGCGGCCCAAGCCGCAGCGGCCCAACUCGGCGCGGGCGGCCACCUACACGCGCAGGCAUCCCGGCGCAUCGCAGGGCGCCAUGCCGGGAUACGGCCCCCAUCAGGGUGGCUACCGCGGGCCCGGCGGCACUCCGAGGAACUGCGGCCAGUACUGCGAGGAGUACGGGAUGGCGCCCCCGGCCUGGCCGGCUCCAGUUCCGGUUUUCGCCCCCUGGGGCUACGACCCGACGUGGGGGGGUGCCCCCCAUGCCGGUGUGGCGGGGUACGGAAUGUGGAUUGCCGGAAUGGGAGCGAUGCGGCGGAGCGAGCGGCCCACGAGGGUGGUGUUCGUUGGCGAGGUGCCCAAGGGAGCGAGCGACGCUGCCGUGCAGGAUGCCGCCGGCAGGUUCGGGCCGAUCCGCGGGCUGGAUGCCAGUCAAAGGGAGGCCACCGGCGGCGCGUUCGUGAUGUACUACGAUCUGCGGCACGCGGAGGCCGCCGCGCGGGGCCUGCCGACGGAGAUUCAGAGAUCUGCGGCGGGACUGGGCCAGGGUGGGGAGGUCAGCGGGCCGAUCGGUGCGUGCUUCAUGCUGCCCCCCCAGGGCGCCGCGGGGAUGGAGAACCAGGGGAGCAUCGGCGUGGCGGCCGGGGACAUGUCUCGAGCGGAGCUCAGGGCGAUGUUCGCAAAGUUCGGCGACGUGCGCGACGUGCGCAAGUCCGGCGGGGGCCCGAGUGGCGAUUGGCGCGUGGUCGAGUUCUUCGACACGCGGGACGCCGAGCGCGCCAUGAUGGACUUGAGAUGCCGCAAGGCGCCCAAGGUGGAGUACUGCCCGUUCUCCGGUUUGGAGGCGGCCCCACCGGUGCCACCGCCUCAGGGAUACGGCCUCGACCUCGGGCCCUACCCGGGCCAGUACCACGCGGGGGACGUCAAAGAUCCCGGCAUGGCGGGCGGGAUCGACGGCGUCCAGCCGGUGUGGCCGAUCGGGUCGAUGCCGGCCGGAGGGGGCUACGGCUGGGGGCCCUACCCCGUGGCCGGACAUCACACCCCCGGCGGGUAUGGUCGUGAUGGCGUGCAGCAGGGAGGGACGUCGGGGUCGAUGGGAGGGGUGGGCGCGGGCGAGGCGGGCGGCGAGGCGUCGGGAUACGCCUUGCCGCAGACGUGCAGGAAUGACUACUACGGCGGGCCGCAGUACGUGGGCUACCCAGCCGGUAUGCCAGCAAUGGUGCCAUAUGGCCUUGGUGGUCAGCCCAUGAUGAUGCAAGCACAAGGGAUCUACGAUGCCAGUGUAAUGGGAGGCCUGCGGGCAGAGCUGCCCUUGUCGCCAAUGAACAGGGCAAGUGGGUCGGACAUGCACCCCUGGAGGUCGCACCGUACCGGAAGAGGAUGCAAUGAUAGGAGUUACGACCCUGCUCAGUAUGAGUUCAGCAUGGAUGAGGCACGCACAAAGUCGGCCAAUGCCCGCACCACGCUGAUGAUUCGCAACAUACCCAACAAAUACAGCCAGAAGAUGCUGUUGGAUGUGCUGGACAGGAAGUACAGUGGGCGUUACGACUUCUUCUAUCUGCCCAUCGACUUCAAGAACCGGUGCAACCUGGGGUAUGCCUUCGUGAACUUCAAGACGCCGACCACCACAGCUGAGUUCUACAAGGAGUUCCACUCCAAGAGCUGGGAGGAGUUCAACUCAAAGAAGGUGUGCGAAAUCACAUACGCCCGAGUGCAAGGUCGCAAUGCCCUGAUCGAGCACUUCCGCAACUCACGCUUCCCCUGUCACGAGCCCGACUACUUGCCGCUUGUGUUUGAGGCGGUCGACGAG